AUAAAUUUCGAAAAGGCCUCAUGCGUUCGCCCUGGACGCCACUUGAGGGUACCGGCUGGUAUGAGAGAAUUCCGCGGGCAUCUUAGCAGAACCCGGUUGUUAGGCCAACCCCGCUCGGACCACUAUUAUAUGAUGUAGUGGCAUGAGAGACCUCCGUAGGCGGUUGCGCAGAAGGUGCCGGACAAGGUCUGGUCUCAGCUGGUCAAACGCACCGUAGCGUAUUAAUAAUGGGUAGAUCCCAGGCCGAACAUCCUCCUAGGUAGACCUCCCCAAGCUCUCUCUCUCUCUCGCAUCUUACAACUACCUUUUCAAGCAUGCUUUUCGUUAAGACACUCCUCAGCGUCUCUGCCUUCGCGGCGAGUCAAGUUAUGGCCGCGACUCAGAUGGUCCAAGUGGGACAAGACGGCGGAUACAGUUUUGCUCCCAACACCGUUACUGCCGGUCAGGGUGACACAGUCGUGUUCCAAUUUCACGCUUCGAUCCACAAUGUGGUGCAAUCGGCCGGUUCGGACGCAGCGGGUGCAUGCCAACGCGGCGCUUUUGGUACCGCCAUCAUGAUGGAUGGCACCAGCUACACACUGCCCAUUAACAGCACGGACCCCGUCUACAUUCACUGCGGUCCUCACUGCCAGAGCGAGGGCAUGGUCAUGGUCAUCAACCCGCCGAGUGCCAACACCUUCGCCCAAUUCCAGAGCGCCGCGACCGGCCAGGCAGCUUCGUCAUCGAGCAGCAGCGCCCCUGCCGCCACUUCGAGUGCCGCCGGAAAGAGCGAUGGCGCCUCGCUGGGCCUCGACACGCCCUCUCGUUGGGUCCAGUACGGCGCUGUGGGCCUGUCCCUCCUCGUCGGCGCCUUCUUCGUCUGAAGCAAGGCUUCCGACAUUCGUAGCCUCCGCUGCUCCCUUCACCUUUUCAUCAAUCACCGUCAAUGCUCUCCAACUCUGCUUUCUCUUCUUCAGUAAUGCGCUGAUGUUCUUGGCUUGCACAAAAAGAUUGAGCCACCGUGAUUUCAGGGUCAAAAAAAACUUUCUACAAGUUGACUGGCUUGCUCUUCGGCGUCGACUUUUGACACUUCACCUGACCGAUCUUCAUACUGCAGAAAGAAAAAGGCGAGCUUCCAAGAUCUUAAAAGGCCAGAAGCCUUGAUGAAUAUGUCGCGGGACCCCUCCUCUCUCAGCUCAUACACAGCGUUUGCGUCCAGU